AUGGGGAAAUAUGGGCUUCUGUCAGUUGCGCUGCUUUCGCUGCAAGCCCUCCUUGUUCGAGGGGAUUCGCCUGCGCCAGGAGAUAUCAAAGCCCCUGAAUUGGAUGUUACCGUCUCGGCUUCCUUCCCGAAUUCCGAGGUCUUUGGAGUAAAGCUCGUGAACGGCAACCCAACUAACGCUCUUCUCUCCAUCUCCAACAAUGAACCUGAUCCAGUGACCCUGAACUUGAUUGGAGGUAGCUUAUGGACGAUUCAUCCUUCGGAAGAGGUGGGCCAGAAUGUCCGCAACCUCACUUCUUCCCGCUACAACAUUGCGAUCCCUCCCGGAGGACAGCACUCAAUGGAAUAUCCGCUUGUAACUGAAAUGCACCCCCAGGAUUUGAGACUGCAUUUAGCUGCCGUUAUCUCCAACUCCAAGGGCAUGGCAUUUACUGUCCGCGCCUAUAAUGGCACCGUCAGCAUCGUCGAAGCUGAAACGAGCAUUUUUGACCCUAAAGUCCUCUUCCUCUAUUUCUUCCUCCUAUCUGCAUUCGUCGGUACUGUCUACUUCUUCUAUACCAUCUGGAUUGCUCCAUACUUCCCUCAGAAACGCAAGGGCGCAGACAGACCGAAAAAAUCCUCCGGACGAACCAAGAGCGAGCCAUCUGAGCAGGCUUCCGUUUCUGGGACCGAGUCAACAGGCGUGACUUCUGGAAAAACAUAUGAUACUGAAUGGAUCCCUGCCCACCACAUCCACCGACCCGAACCUCGAAAAGUGAAGAGCGGAGGCCGGGCUAAGCCCAAAGCUUAG